AUGUUUGCCUCCUUCGCCAAAAAGCUCGUAGAUACCGCCGGCCAGUUAUCCAAUACUCUCAACCAACCGUCAGACGCUUCCGAUCCGUAUUUCAAAGGGUUCACUCAGGGGUUGCGCGUCUUAUCUGUUAGUGCCGACGCCCAGUUUGAGUCAUGGUUUGACUACAUCGUGGGAGUUAACGGACACAAUUUACUGUAUAUCCAGACCAGCAACGGUUUUGCUAUUGAUCACCAGGUGUUCUUUGAGGAAUUGAGCCGUGGGGCUGGGUCUGUUACUGUCUGGUCUGCCAAGGGCGGGGUGGUGCGCACUGUGACGUUACACGUGGAUGCGGUAGAACAGGCUCUAUCAUUACGAGAAAUCCCAAUCACACCUACGAACCCGGAAACCUCCGAAGACCCGUACAACCAAAGCGUUAUCUCGCAGACACUCUUUGAAAAGCUCGGACUCAAGCUUCAGCUCCAGCCGUUGGCCGCCGCCACGUACGUGUGGCGUGUUUUGUCCGUUCAACCUGACACAAACGCGGAAAAGUUGGGGCUUAUACCCAUGAGCGACUACAUCAUGGCAGUGGGAAACGACGGGCUUUUGUGCACGGGCGGAGAAACGUUGUUGUCGAAGGUGAUGACUAGCUACUAUUCGAAGUACAACUCGCAGUUCCACUACGACCAAAGUCACAGGCCACAAAAGACCGCCAUGGAUGACUUGGUUUUGUAUGUGUACAACCAUGACUAUGACGUGGUGCGGCCGGUGAACAUCAACUUCCCAACCUUGACCUCCAACGGUGCACUUCCAGAGUUCCGUUUAGGUUGCGACGUGGGCUACGGUUACUUACACAGAGUUCCAGAGGUAUUUGGUAAGUGGGAUUCUGCGGUGCAGUCCCAGAGUGGCAGCGAUGUACUUUUCGAGUCGGCCUCCCCAGUUCCAGAGCCGUUGCCAGUGUCCAACCCAGCCGACCUCAUCACGCCCGCGAUGCUUGCAUCUCAGACACAGCAUCCGCGCACAAAGAAGAAAAGCAGAGCGCCGGGCAACACUUACGGCGCGAACUACGAGUUUAACGAUUAUUUGAAUGAGGAGUUGGACAAGAGCCGCAAGAUGGAUGAGCAGUAUUCGGGCGCGAAUACCGGCAGCGUUCCACCACCUCCACCACCCCCGGCGAGAGAAUAGAUUGCUGGAUUCCGAUAGCUAUAGAGAGGGGAGAUAAGGUCCGAAACUUUCCUUCGAUACUGUCGUGGAUGUUUAUAGUUAGAUAUUAAAAGCAAACGUGAGUAUUUUAUUAGUCUCAGGACUUAUUGUACAUGUUACGCAAAUUGAAAGAUACCGG